GUCUCAGCCUCACUGCUGCCUGCCUCUCUUACUCUACUGUACUGGAGAUGCCAAGAUGGCUGCAAGCAAUUAUUUCGGCUUCACACAUGGUGCCGGUCCGCAGUACAGUGCCCAGCCACCCCCAGCCUACUCCCAUCCCUCCACAGCCAGUUACAGCGUCCAGCAAGCUCCAGCUGUGGCUCAUGCAGUGACUGCAUCCUACUCUCCAGCUCCAGUCCAGGCAGCGCGACCUGUGGUCACUGCUCCUUACCCUACUUAUCAGAGCCACCAGGCCCCUCCAGACUAUGCCUACAGGCAACCAGACCCACCGGCCCCACCACAGCCCACCACCACCCCACAGACGUACCAGGUAUACUCAGACACGCAGGACAACUACAGCUACGGACGCCCUGCGGCUGUGACUACCUAUGACAAUAAACAGUACUACCAGACGAGUAUAGCUCCAGCUCAGAGGACACCCACAGAGAAUUACUACCAGACUGUGGGAGUGAAGAGUGCUUACAGUCCAGCGCCCUCCACUGUGUACAGCCAGCCUCCUCCUCCUCAGAGGCAAGUAACAGCCCUGAAGCCUCUGGCCCCCUCCAGCUCCGUGUCCACCAGCUACAACAUCUACCCAGUGUCCACCAGUGUCCAACAGCCCCCAACGCCUAUUUCAUCCUACACCCUCGGCUCCUCCUUCAGCUCCACCGUUGCAGCCACCUCCUACUCAGGCAUUAGCUACUCCAGUUAUGAUUCAACUGGCUACACCUCCACAUCCACCCCCUCCUAUUACCAGCCGGCCCAGCAGACUCUCGCCCAGCCACAGCCUCCACCUCAGCAGCCACAGCAGCCCCAACAGACCCAGCCCCCCAUCCAGCCGCCACCCAAGCAACUGACAAGCUCAUCCUGGAGCAACUCAGGGAGCAACAUGGUGACAGCUCCGGCUGGAAACACCUACAAAAAGCCAACGUUUCACCAGAACAAGCUGCAGAAGCCCAAAGGGCCUCCAAAGCAGCCGCAGCUCCACUACUGUGACAUUUGUAAGAUCAGCUGUGCAGGCCCUCAGACAUACCGGGAGCACCUCGAGGGCCAGAAGCAUAAGAAAAAAGAGGCAGCCCUGAAGUCUGGGGGACAGACAGGGACCAGCAACGGGCCCAGAGGGGUCCAGACUCAGCUACGCUGUGAGUUAUGCGACGUCUCCUGCACUGGAGUGGAUGCCUACGCCGCCCAUAUCCGUGGGGCCAAACACCAGAAGGUGGUGAAACUUCAUACCAAGCUGGGCAAACCCAUACCUUCCACUGAGCCAGUGUUGGUGAAUUCUGCUCCAGUUGUAACAACCUCAACAGCUGGGAAACCUCCAGUCUCCACCUCUGCUCCUGCCUCAGUCUCAACCACUACAACUUCUACUGCAACACCCAAACAGGUGGCUGUAAACGCCACGGCUAAAACUGCACCUCCAGUCAAGAAACCAGCUCCUUCUAAAAUAACUGUCAUUUCUAAUAAGCCUGCCAGCACUUCAACAGUGACAGCAGCAGCAGCAGCAGCAGCGGUGGUGGUGGCUGCCAAGGUGGAGGGGCCCAUGCUGCAGUCAGUUCAGAAGGCGGAGCCUCAGAGUGAGGAUGAGGACGGCGACAGAGCAGGAGGCCAGGGAGACAUCCAGCCAGUGGGACACGACUAUGUAGAGGAGGUCCGUAACGAAGACGGCAAAGUGAUUCGAUUUCACUGUAAACUGUGUGAGUGCAGCUUCAAUGACCCCAAUGCUAAAGACAUGCACCUGAAGGGAAGAAGGCACAGACUGCAAUACAAGAAAAAAGUGAACCCAGAGCUUCCUGUAGAGAUCAAGCCCAGUAACCGCGCCAGGAAGCUGCAGGAGAGCAAGCUGAAGAAGCAGAAGCAGAAGGCGGUGCUGAAGAGACAGCGAGAUGACGAGCAGCGUUGGCACAUGGAGAUGAGGCGAUAUGAGGAGGACAUGUACUGGAGGAGGAUGGAGGAGGAGCAGAUGUACUGGGGGGAGCAGAGACGCAGGAUGGCUCCUCCACCUCUAAUGAGCCGCCCCGGUAUGCCAGUGCCCCCAUUACUGACGUGUGUGCGCCGGCCUGACUCUCCUGAUGACCGUCACAUCAUGGCCAAGCACUCCACCAUUUACCCAGUGGAAGAGGAGCUGCAGGCUGUUCAGAGGAUCGUCUCCCACUCUGAGAGAGCUCUGAAACUGGUGUCUGACUCCCUGUUGGAGAAGGAGACACCAGCUGUUGCCACUGAUGUUACUGAAGGAGGAGAGGAGAAAGGUACUGAGAACUCAGCCCGGCUGCUGAAAGGUGUAAUGAGGGUGGGCAUCUUGGCCAAAGGCCUGCUGCUUCGUGGGGACAGAAAUGUGGAGCUCAUCCUGCUGACUGCUAAGAAACCCACCAUCUCUUUACUGAAGAACAUCGCCAAGCAGCUGCCCAAGGAAUUGGCGACAUUUUCUGAAGAUCAGUAUGAGGUGCAGGCUCACCCCGAGGAGGCGAACAUCGUGAUAUUUUCAAGCAAGGAGCCCAAAAUGCAGGUGACCAUUUCUCUCACCUCGCCGCUGAUGAGGGAGGACCCUGCUGCUGAGAAGGACAAGCAGGCAGGAGGAAAAGCGGCUGAGAAAGGUGUGGCUGAGAAGGACCCUACCGAUCUUCUGAAUAAGAGGAAAUGUCUGGAAUACCUGGCUGCUCUCCGUCACGCCAAGUGGUUUCAGGCUCGUGCCAACGGGCUGCAGUCGUGUGUGAUCAUCAUUCGGGUGUUGAGAGAUUUAUGUCAGCGGGUGCCCACCUGGGGGAAGAUGCCCAGCUGGGCGAUGGAGCUGCUGGUGGAGAAGGUGAUCAGUAGUGCUACAGGCCCGCUGAGCCCGGGGGAAGCCAUGCGCAGAGUCCUGGAGUGCAUCUCCACAGGCAUCCUGCUGCCAGAUGGACCAGGGUUGAUGGACCCAUGUGAGAAGGAGCAAACAGAUGCUUUGGAAAGCAUGAUGCCUCAAGCUAGAGAGGACAUAACUGCCAGCGCACAGCAUGCUCUGCGGCUGCUUGCUUUCCGUCAGAUCCACAAGGUUCUGGGCAUGGAGUCCCUGCCGGCGUCCAAGGCCAGCGCUCGCAACCGCAAACGUCGACGGGACGUCAGCGACACAGGGGAGGGAGAGGGGGAGGGCAAAAAAGACAAGAAGGACGAAGCAGCGAGCGCUUGACCUCUGCCUCCAGAGCAGAGCUGUUUGCUAGUUUAGAGACUGGUAGAAUGUCACAACUUAAAAAAUUUUCUUAUCUUCAAAACAAAUCUUAACACGCAGCUAUACACAUAUGAAUAUAACUGACUUUACAUGUUACAUGUCUGCCCUUGAAUUAAGAGGAAUAAUAUGUUGGAGGAGGACUGAAGUUUGAGAAUUCGUACUGCAAAUCCUUCUCCCGUAUUGUGAUUUCCUGCAGAUGUAGUGUAUUUUAAAGUGUGCACAGAAAAUUGGCUCUGUUAAAAAAUCAUGAAAAUAACUGAUUGCAUCAUUCCAUUUCAUUAUAAUUGCACACUAACUACUGACCAUUACUCCCAUGUUUAUUCACCAUAGUUAAACCACCACUGUCACAUACAGUUGUAUUGUUUUCUAUGAUAUUAAAGCCUCCAGUAAAUCAUUAGCACCUUAAGCUUUAUUUCCAGAGUUUGAACUCUCAUGCUCUUCAGGCCAGCUCAGUUUUACCAUCCGACUCUUGAGUCAGGCGUCACUAAAGUAACGUUGGUGCAUGACGUGUACACUAAAAUGUGUUUUUCAGUCUGUGUUUCAAAAAAAAAAAGUUUGGGUUUAAGUUGUUUGAAACUGAGCGAGAGAGAGAGAGAUCAGAGAAGACUGAAUUUGUUUAGGAUUUACAUACAUAAAGUACUGUGAUGUUCAUUGUGCCUAAGAUGACACAUUAGUAAUAAUAUAGUGUGAUGCUGUUGAGCGAACCUGACAAGUCUUUCCUGAACUCUUCACACCCUCUUUGCUCCCUCUGAACUCCUGUUAACCUUUGUUGACACAUCCCUGAUACAUUUUGAAAACUUGUGGGCAAUUAGAUGAAAGAGUUUUGAAAUCCAACCAAAUGCCCUCCAAUUGCAGCCUAAGCAGAAGACUACACAAAAAAAAAACUCCCCCUUCAAAAUUUGUCAUUAAGGUUUCAUCAGACACCUUCAAAGACUCACAAACUCUGCUUUGUGCAAGAUCCCCCAUGGGGUUUUCUGUGGAGGUCACACUGGAGAGUAAAUCUGUUUCGGAUGAGACAAGUCUUACCUUGCACAGUCUGUAGCAUGCUGAGGGAAUGAAGCACUUAAGAAAUGACAAUGUGACUGUAUGCAACCAUAAUUUUAUCAUUUUAAAUAAUAUACCUAGUAAUCAUUUUUUUUCUUCCAGAGCAGAAGAGAGAAGCUUUAGUCAGAAAAAUAAGACUGAAUAUCUACUGUAAUGAUCAAAUGGUUAUCGUCCUUUGACUUUCUUCCUUGUGCCUGCAUCAUGUUGUGUUUUACAGAGGUCUGACUAAGGGGAACAUGUUGUUUUUUUGUCAGGUUAAUAGUAAUGAUCUUAUUUCACAAAGAUGUAGGACAGGGAAGGGACUGUUGCACAACUCUUUGGCUUAAAAGUUGAUGUGAGAGAAAUUAUUGUGCAGUUUUAGUUUGAUUUUCAUUUACCAAGAGCAUCCUAUAUAAGUAUUGCUUAUUUUAUUUCUGAAGGAUCUAUUUUUUUGUAUUGUUUAAACGGAAAGUGUGAACGUUGCUGUCCUAUUAUUUGAAUGUCUUUGUAGUGUUGCCUAAAAUUAAGGGGAGAUAUUAAAACACUUUUAAGCCA